UUUUUUAGAAGCAACAAAAAAAAUAUGGGUAGCCACAAUAAAAAGCAUCACAUAAUGGACAGUAAGGGAUUAGUCGUAUUAGUUAUCUACAUAAUUUUUAUCAAAGCAAGCACCGGCUUACAACGAUUUUCGGAACAGCCGCGAUACACAGAAGUUAAUCCGGGCGAGGAUGCGCUGCUUACGUGCAAAGUCAUCGAGAAACGUGGCGUUUGUUCGUGGCAGAAAGAUAACAAGCCCGUGGGAAUUUAUCCGAAAAAGUACGAGUGGGCGAGCAGUUCCAUGGGAAUGCAUGCGCCGCAUCCCGGAGGCGAUUGUUCGUUAUGGGUGCGAUCGGCAACGCUGGAUUUCGACGAUGGCAUUUGGGAGUGCCAAGUGACAGCGAGCGAUUUUACAACACAAGAUGCCCUUACGAGUCAACCUGUUAGAUUGGUUGUGAGAGUUGCGCCGCAACGUCCUCGAUUAGAGCAAGAAGGCAUUCACAUACCGCCGGGCCACAACGUAACUGUCGAUUCCGGAGCAACUACCACAGUCAAGUGCGUGUCCCAUUAUGGAAAUCCUCCGGCGACACUUCGUUGGUACUUGGGUGAUCAAGAACUCUUACCGCUUCAUCCCCAAACAAACUCAACGGAGCCCGACAAUCCUCGUACAUGGUCAGCAGCUUCUGUUGUUCAAGUUCCCGCAACGCGCGAAAAGCACGGCGAAACUCUCAAAUGUUUGGCAUUCCAUGAGUCUUAUCCAGCGAGAGCAAUUCCUGUCGAGGGACGUUUAGAUGUUCGAUAUGCGCCCACAAUUAGGUUGAUGGGCGAGCCACAAAUUGAUUUGGAGGAGGGAAAAGACUCGUUAGUGUUGCGAUGCGAAGCUGAUGCCAAUCCGCCGGCGAGUAUUGUAUGGCGACGAGCAGGACGUUCAGAAAUCGCAAGUUUGCAAGAAUCGCUGAACUUGAGACCGAUUUCGCGAAGAGAUGCGGGCCUCUAUACGUGUCAGGCACAAAAUUCAGUUGGAUCAUCGGAAACGUUAUCCGUCCAAAUUGAUGUAAAAUACCCACCAAGAAUAACAACUGCUGGCCCGGAUCGUCACACGACAGCGCCUUUAUUCAGUCCCGCAGCUUUCGAAUGUAUCGCUGAAGGAAAUCCUCUCCCAACAUACAAAUGGGUCCAAAAGAUUUCUGGAUACGGUAACAACGUCGUCGAUCGCGGAAGUGAGCCUCGUCUCGUAAUCAAUAACGUGACAUACGACUACCAAGGUGAAUAUGAAUGCCGCGCAACAAAUUACAUAAAUGGCCAGGAACGUUCAGUUACAUCUGAACCAAUACAAUUACAAGUCGUAGGUGCUCCGCUCGUUCUUCGUACGAAUUCCGAGAAUGGGCAUACGGUUUCGGUGCGACGCGGCGAAUCAGCGACAAUUUCGUUGGUAGUGUGUGCUGAUCCUCGUCCUCGACACGUGGCUUGGGAAUGGGGAUCUUUACGACUUGAGGCUGGAGCGGGAGUUGGACGUUAUCGCGUUGAUGAUGUCAUCCAAGACAGUCGAGAAGAUUGCUACUUGGCUACGCUCCAUAUAACGGAUGCCAAUCCAGCUGAUGCGCGCCCUUACUAUCUCGUUGUCGAGAAUGAGCGUGGCGUUGACAGACACGCAAUCAAUCUACGCGUGGAAGGCAUGUUCGCAGAACCCUUAGGUCUCAGUUACUUACUUGGCAUCGUUGGUGGCGUUCUCGCAGCAUUCCUAAUUUUGUUUUUGCUGUGCAUCCAUGUCGUGCGAACGAAAAAGUGCUGUUUCAAAGGAAGGAGCACCUACAACACAAAGGAGAAAGAUAGUGAAAAGGCAGAUUUAAAGUCACGUGUUGAUAUGACAGGCAGCGGAGGCGUGCCUCCUCUCGAUUCAAUUUACACGACGCCAACUGGUUUCCAUCAUCAUCAUCAUCACAAUGGAUUGCAAGGCUCACCGGAAGCAAUGAAGGUACGAAUGGCUGCUAUGAUUUUAUCUCCGCCUACAAGAGUUUAGCAGGCACUUUUAAACGGGGACAAGAAAAUUAGCCCAGUAUCUAGUAACUUAUUUAUUAACAAUAAUCAUCAUCACGAGAAUGAUCUCAUACCAAUUACUAACGUAAACAAUAACAUUAGUAGUAACAAUAAUACCGAUAACAGUAACAUUGACGUAGUAGGUACGCAUAUAGGUGAUCAUAGUAUAGUUGUAGCAUUAGAUGAAAAUAACAAAGAUGCUGUUAGACCAUUAAUUAAUAGUUCGCAAUCGAUGCCAGUAGUAACGACGACGAGUCGACGUAACAAUAAUCCCUUUUUGCCAUCGUCAUCAUCGCCUACGACGACAAUGAUGACGAUGAG